UGCUGUACCAUAAGGCACAUGCCAUUUCAACCAGCCUCUCCUUUGAUGAUGACCUUUGCGCUUCCACGAUGGUCGACGAGCAUAGUAUGACGCGACGAAACAACCGCGGUGUAGGAACAUGCUGUGUAUUGAAUCUAGGCACCCAGCGAGCCCAAUGAACCCAAUAUUUCAAACCUUGGCUUACACAGUUCCGAAAUCCAUAAAGGCUUGCUUGUACUACUCGACCUUUCCUCGAAGCUUCCUCCCAUCAUCAUCUGCGGCGCCCAGCAGUUCUCUUCUAUCAUCCUCGGUAAUAGUUUGGCCGGUUAGUCGUUGGAAGUGCACUGGCCUAGAGCGACCUCACCAUCAACACUUUAUCCAACAUACGUACCAACCCUCAGCUGGAGCGGAUGGAUGACCUGCUAUGUCCAUCAUUGUCCACGGCGAGCAACGGCUAAUGUUGGUUCCCCCCCUGGGCCCCUAUUUCCUGGUAUGCCUUCGUCAAUUUUGUUUAACGACAUGUGGCAAAC